GCGAGCGGCGGGAGGAGGAGGAGCGAAAGGCCCGGGAGGAGAAGGAGAGGGCCGAGAAGGAGGAGUUCGACAAGUGGAAGGACAUGUUCGCGGUCGACGCGGAGGGCGAGACCGACGGCGGCGGCGCCGAGGCGGGGGCCGUCGAGCGGUUCAUCGACUAUGUCCAGGUCCGCAAGGUCGUCCAGCUGGAGGACCUGGCCGCCGAGUUCAGGAUGAAGACCAGCGCCGCGAUCAACCGGCUCGAGGAGCUGGAGAAGCUCGGCCGCCUGAGCGGCAUCUUCGACGACCGCGGCAAGUUCGUGUACAUCACCUCCGAGGAGAUGGCUGGUGUCGCGGACUGGCUGAAGAAAAAGGGACGCAUUACUAGAGCCGACCUGGUCGCGGCGUGCAACCGCAUCAUCCGCCUGAACCCCACGGAGGAGGACAAGGCGCGGCUGCAGCAGGAGGCGAGCAAGGCGGCCGCGGAGAUCGAGGCGGACGCCGCCGCCGACGGAGCGCCCGUCGACUCGCCCAGCUGAGCCUGGCGGCAGCAGCUGCCUGCGCCGCACGCGAGGGGGCCGGGCAGCGUUGGGAACGACUGGCUCGAGCUCGGGAUCCGUCUGCGGCAGUCGGAAGGAGGAGGGCAGCAGCGCGUGGGAGCGCGGGCCGAGUAGGGGCAAGACUUUGACGCCAUCCUUCGGCUGCUCUUGCACCCACGGCUGGAGCUCGCCGUGCACCCACUCUACGCUGUUUCACUUGGCGUGUGCUGGCAAGUUUGUGCUCUGGUGGGCACAUGCGAGUGUCAGCGCCGACGUUGGAAACAAGUUCCGUGUGCUCGCAGAUGCACCUGAUGUGGUUCCGGG